AUGCACCAGGCCAUAAAGGAAUCGAUGUCCCUUGCAACUGGGGUGAGUCUCCUGCCGAUCGUGUCCGUGGCGGUCCGUCUCGACAAUCACCUGACGUACGCGUUCGAUCUGUGCGACCUCACCGAGCUCAACUGGAAGAAGUCGGGCCUCAAGAUUCCCGAGGACAACAGCAUGCUGACGCCCCUCGCCACCUCCUUGCCCGACCAGCUCACGCUCUGCACGCACGACGGAGUAGAAAAGAUCAAGGUCUGUUUCGUGGGUGGCACCAUCACGUUGUGUGGACGCCAAACCGCACUGUUCGAUCGCGUGACCACUUCGGGCGACGGAUCGAGCCUGCACGCGCACGGACGCGAUCCGGAAGGCAAGCUCUGGUCGGUGAAACUUGGCUUUACGUCCAAAAGCGCCCAUCCGCGCGCCGACUGCGAUUGGGACGAUAUCGAACAGAAGAAUCUGCGCGCUCAGGAAUUCGAACCCCACGUGGAACCCGACACGAGCAAAGAGGUCAUCCACGAAAAGAAGAAGAAGAAGAAGAAGACGAUCGAUGACGAUGAGGUGUGGGUCGGAAUCAAGGCUUGGUCCGGCGGCAUGGCCGUUUUCGGUCUCUUUAUCACCUGGCUUCGGUCCAUUGAUUGA